AUGCCCUUCCCGCAAAGGUUGUCAAAAGCCGUACUCGAUAGACAUUUUGGGAAAUACUGCGAAGCUCUUAAGAAGGUACACGCCUCUACUCCCUUUUCUGAUCUUUUAAUUCAAAUGCCUCAAUUUGCAAAUUUUGUGAAGAUUAUUAAAGAUCAACAAAAGGAUAAGGAAGUAGUAAAUAAGAAGGGCCCUACUCUCUUAUAUGAUAACCUACCACCUAAGCUGCAUGAUCCGGGUAGUUUCACUAUUCCCUGCACGAUAAACGAGAAAUUUUUCAAUAGGGUUUUGUGCGAUUUAGGUGCUAGUGUUAACUUAAUGCCCUAUUCAUUAUAUGAGAGUUUAGGCUUGCAAGGACUUAAACCUUCCCUUAUCUCUCUUCAAUUGGCUGAUAGAACCUCUAGACUCCUUAAGGGUAUGGUUGAAGAUGUAUUAGUUACGGUUGGUGAACUUGUUUUUCAUGUUGAUUUUGUUGUCAUGGAUAUGAAAGAAGACCAUAUGAUCCCGAUUAUAUUUGGUCGACCAUUCCUCGCCACAAGUCAAGCCGUAAUAGAUGUUCCCGAAGGACAAGUCACCAUUAGGGCCCAGGAUAAACAAGUCAUGUUCAAGCUCUUUGAUGAACAUAAUUCUAUAUUUGAUGGUGGUACUUGCUUAAGAAUCGAUGCUACUAACCCCUUGGUUGAUAAGUAUGUAUUUGAUAGAAUGUUCGUGAGAAGCAAAGACAAAAUUCCACCCGAUGAUGUGUUUGGCCAUAUGAAGGUGAAAAGAACAGAUUCUACGAAGGAGGACUACAUGGAAGGGGCAUGA